UUAGGUUAAAUUUUAAGGUUAGAAAUUCAAAACGUCAACGUAUAAUUUAUAAUUUCUUUAAAAUAAAUCUAAAGAUGUCUCAAAACUUACACGGUACGUUUGUGUCUGAGAAAAUCAAUAAAAUUCGUUGGCGUCCUGAUCCUUUCGAUAAUGCCCAUUCUUUUAUAACCGGGAGUUGGGACAACGAAACGAAUCACAUCAAACUUUGGGAUUUUAAAGAAUCUCCUGAAGAUGCUGAUAUUUAUCCUUACGUUGUAAGUGAGUAUAAUUACGAUGGAGAUGUUACCGAAUGUAGGUUCUUAAGCCCUGAUCUGUUUGUUUCUUCUUCGACAACGGGGUCGGUUUCUUUAAUGAGAAUAAAUGUAGAUGAGAAAGCGGUGACUAAUAUUAGUGAAGAGAUUGAGUGGAAACAUAUUCAUCAAUUCAAGAAUGGUGAAAAGAGUUCUUGUAUAUCUUUUGCUGUUUAUGAUAAUGAUUUUGCAACUGUUGGUGAAGAUGGAAAUAUUUUUUUGUUAACAGCAUUAAGAAAAGAACCAGCUAGAAAAAUUAUUAAUGCUGAUAGUUGUUCAAUUCACUGUGUAACUUUUUUAAAACACAGUGAAAUAUUAACUGGUAACCUUCGUGGCCAUAUGAAAAUUUGGGACUUAAGAUCAUCAUCAAACACAGAGAGCAGUUCGUUUAUGAUGAGUGGGGAACAAAUUGCACCAACUUGUUUAACAUUUCAUCCAACUCAAAGACACAUGGUAGUGGCUGGUGAUGAAGAGGGUUCUUUAACAGUUUGGGAUUUGCGCCACAACACCUACCCCUUAAAUUUACUCAGUGCUCAUUCAGAUAGCGUAACCGAACUUCAAUUUCAUCCUGAUCACCCAGAUCAAUUAUUUACAUCAUCAUCCUCAGGAGAAUUAUGGCAUUGGAUGGUUAAUAAACAAAAUCGUUUAUUAAUUAAUGAUGAUGAACCCGAUUCGAAUGUAUGGCUUUUAGGAGAUUCCAUCAAAAAUAAAUUGGAAGUAUAUGCUUUGAUGUCCAAGUUACAUAUGCCAAUUAAUACUUUAGAUUUAAAUAGAAAUAGAAUUUUGUGUGGAUGUGAUAAUGAGGCGAUUUAUUUAAUUAGUAAUAUUAAGCUUUAUUAAAUAAUUGUUUUAUAAUUCUAAAUAAAGUGAUUAAUUUACA